UAUAAAAGGAGUGCUUCAAAGGACAGAAAGCUGGCAGAGGGUUGAUAUUUGUCUCUGUACCAUUUUACAUCUCCAUCUACCCACAAUAACUAACCAUGGAUGAUAUUUACAAGGCAGCAGUUGAGCAGUUGACAGAUGAACAAAAAAAUGAAUUUAAAGCUGCGUUUGAUAUAUUUGUCCUGGGUGCAGAGGAUGGAUGUAUCAGCACAAAGGAGCUGGGGAAGGUAAUGCGCAUGCUGGGACAGAAUCCUACCCCUGAGGAGUUACAGGAGAUGAUUGAUGAAGUAGAUGAAGAUGGCAGUGGUACAGUAGAUUUUGAUGAAUUCUUAGUUAUGAUGGUCCGGUGUAUGAAAGAUGACAGCAAAGGAAAAUCAGAAGAGGAACUUUCAGAUCUCUUCAGAAUGUUUGAUAAAAACUUAGAUGGAUACAUAGAUCUGGAUGAACUAAAGCUCAUGUUACAGGCUACAGGAGAAACCAUCACUGAAGAUGACAUUGAGGAGCUAAUGAAGGAUGGCGAUAAAAAUAAUGAUGGCAAGAUUGACUAUGAUGAAUUCCUGGAGUUUAUGAAAGGCGUUGAGUAAACAUGAGAAUUUUGAAGGCAGUGUCUUUAUUUGAACAUCUUUGCUGUUGUCUUUUGACAUUUCAUCAGAUCUGCUUCUCUUAUUACUUUCAUGAAGUUAUGUUGAACAUAGUGAAAAUCAGGAAAACAUGACCCAACUCUUUUUAAGUGCCUCAAAUGGUCAAUGGACAUUGACUGAGCCAGAUUAUUAUGCAGUGUAAUAAUGCCAUAUACCAUGGCUUCAUCAAACCUAAAAAUGUUCCUUAAUUGAUGACAAUGUUCUGCUGGUUACAGUGAAAAAUCACACUUUAGUAACUAUUGAGACAUUUAAGUUAUUAUCAAACAUUUUCAUUUAACAUUAGGAUGUGCUUUUUCCUUUCUGUACCUCUUUGCUUGCCAAGUUAAAGUAUGUAAAAAAACAUUGUAUGUACAAAAAAGUUUUAUUUCCAAAAUGCUAAUAAAAACAAUUACAAAUCAGAGUGCUUGAUUUGCAGAACUUC